AUGAUGAACACUAGCUCAUCACAUGUCAACCUCCAUAGCUUCAUUUUGACAGGUAUCCCGGGAAUGCCAGAUAAAAACCCAUGGAUGGCUUUUCCCCUGGGAUUUCUCUACACCAUGACUCUCCUGGGAAAUGGUACCAUCCUAGCCAUCAUCAAGGUAGAUCAGAGUCUCCAUGAGCCUAUGUACUGCUUCCUCUCUAUUUUGGCUCUGACUGAUGUUGGUCUCUCCAUGUCCACCCUGCCCUCCAUGCUCAGCGUCUUCUGGUUUAAUGCCCCUGAGGUUCCCUUUGAUGCAUGCAUCACACAGAUGUUCUUCAUCCACAGUUUUGGAGAGGUAGGAUCAGGAGUAUUAGUGUCUAUGGCCUUCGACAGAUUUGUGGACAUCCGACACCCGCUGCACUAUGCUUCCAUCCUCACCCAUGGCAUCAUUGGCAAGACUGGAAUAGCUGUCAUCAUCCGGGCAGUCUGCGUGGUCUUCCCUGUGCCCUUUCUUAUAAAGCGGCUACCCUUCUGCCAUUCCAGCUUGUCUCAUUCGUACUGUCUCCACCAAGAUGCAAUGCGAUUAGCCUGUGUCAGCACUCGUGCCAACAGCCUCUAUGGCCUCAUAGUGGUCAUCUUCACUUUGGGGUUUGAUGCCCUCAUAUUCUCUUAUGUGCUCAUCCUGAAGACAGUACUGGGUAUCGCUUCCAGAGCUGAAAGGCUCAAAGCGCUCAACACCUGCCUCUCCCACAUCUGCGCUGUGCUCCUUUUUUAUGUUCCUCUCAUUGGUGUCACCAUAAUCCACAGGUUUCGGAAACAUCUGUCACCAGUAGUACACACAUUCAUGACCAAUACCUAUCUGUUAUUGCCUCCUUUACUAAACCCUGUUGUCUAUAGUGUGAAAACCAAGCAGAUACGGAGGAGGAUCAUCCUUGUGUUCCAGAGGCAAAAGAACAGGGUCUAG